UACCUGUUUUGGUCCCUCCCCUUUAGAACUGGCUGGACAGCUUUGCCAAGUCUUUUCUACCUGGGCCACUCCUCUCCCUUUCUUGGGCUUGGGUAGGCCCUUUGCCGUUUCUUCUCUUCCCCCCCCCCCCCUUGAAACCAACCAACAAGGCCCUGUCCUUUCCUCCUACCCUCUGAAACACCUUUGUGGUUUCCCCCAGGGUCUGAUCUCGUGUCACCUGCUCAGAGAACUUGCCGUCUACUUGUGUCUCUCUCUUUCUCUCACCCUUCCCCCCCUUGUCUAAUUCCAUGCCCCCAGCCCUCAUCUCUGUCCUCUAGACCGAGUACUGAAGGAAGGGGCUCCCGCCAAUUCACCCCCAUCCCAUGGGGUCUUCCGGAUUGAGCCGUUGCCGGCUGGCCUUGGUCUUUGCGGUGCUCAUGGACGCAGCGGGCACAGCAGCCCUCCUGACUGGCAUCUUCGCCCGCCUACGCCUCCGAGGCCGGGAUUUUGGGGACCUUUUGAUAUAUUCCGGGGCAGUGCUGGUGUUUCUGAGCCUCCUGGGCUGGAUCAUGUGGUACACGGGCAAUAUUGAGAUAGCCCCCGAAGAGCUGGCGAGGGACUAUGGCGCCAAGGGAGGCACGUUGGCACGGCUCGCCAGGAAGAUCUCACGGACUUGGUCUAGGAGCCAGGCCGGCGGGCUGGCCAUGAGGACGAUGCCGAGCAGCCGGGAAGCAGCGUAAAGGUGACCACCCACAUCAAGCUUGCGAUUAACAGGAGGACCCUUUAAGAAGGAUGGAUGAGCUCGGCAACAUGGAUAAUGUUUUCCUGCCAGCACCAGAGGUGACCUUUGGCCUACCGAAGAUCAAAGCCAAUGGUGGACUUUUCUCUUCCCAGUCUGACCUGCUGCCACGCCCCUUCCACAUCAAGGGAUUUUUUGUGUGUGUGUUCUACUUUGCAUUUCAAAAACCUUUCUUUUUUGGUA